CUUCCUCCUCUUGCCGUUUUGACACUGAUUAUUUUGGUAUCCCCGAGAACAUACCGUAAAAGCUUGUGUCACUUCUAAAUAGAUAGUGGGAGACCGACUGCUGAGAGUCCUAACAAGGCGUACAGUCAGUCAGACUGUGUUCAGAGAACUGACAGGCACAAGAGCCUCGAUAGCAGCCACCACCAGACAAGGUUGAUAAUAGACAGUAGAUGCUGGCUAAUGUCGACGUUAGCCAGCGAGUGAGCUAGCUUAGCUACGUGGACACGGGUAGUUAACUCGUGUCACCUGCAUUUCACCAGACAAACUGGUUUUGGUUAGAGAGAAAUACAGCGAGGAGACACUUGUCAUCGACAGUUUACAAGUCAAAAGGGUUGUCGGUGGAGAUUAACACUGCUAAGGUUGUAUGCACAGUGUUGCUGGUGAGCUUGGUGGCAGACAGUGCCCAUCAGGUUGGCACUGGGACACAGAGCCGACAAUGAGAGCUCUGGCUCUGGGUGUUUGCUGGCCAGCAUAGAUGCAGAUAUGCCCCAGUGGCCCGCAUCCUGAUGGACCGAGACACCUUCUCCCACAUCCGUCUGUGGUGCCCACGCCCCUUUGGCACCUACUCCCAGAACAAAGCUAGGAGCCCAGGCUCAGGGGGCAGCAGUGGAGGAGGUGGUGGAGCAGGUCCCCCCUCCCUCUGCAAGGCUGAGCCCUCUCCAGGUGCCAGAAGGACGGUGGAUGGAAGUGAAGAUGGAGGGAUGAUAGUGGGGGUGCAGGAAGAGAAUGGAGAGGAGGAGGACGUGGGCUCGGAGAACACUCCACCAGAACCUGAGCUUGACUCCGGCUCCUUGACACAGAGUCAGGCCCCUCCGUCAUCUUCGGCCCCUCCCUCACCACCCUCUUCCGGGUCCCAGAUGGAAGAUGGCCGUGUGCUGUUAGACACCUGGUAUGUCAUUAAACCAGGCAACACCAAGGAGAAGAUUGCCUUCUUUGUUGCACACCAGUUCAGUGGAGCAGGCCAGCCCAGACCCAGUGCCAUGAAGGUUAAAGGUAACUGGGCAACUGAUUGCAGUAAAGCCAAAAGACGAAGACGAUGCUCCUCCUAUGACCCUCCGACACGCUCCCAAGCUUCAGAGCCACACCUCAGCCAUGACUCCUCUCAUGCACCUCAUAGCCCUGAUGAGCCACCACUAGGAGGGGUGAAUGACACAGACCUCCUGUCAGUGGCAGAGAUGGUUGCCUUGGUCGAACAGAGGACCGCCAUGGCCCUCCAGGGAAUUGUGGCUGUUCAUGGGAACCAACACCAGCAGCCCCCUACCACCACUCACAAUCAAGGCCUUGCCCCCCACCAGCACACACUACUCCGGGGCACGGUGUCAGACCCCACACCUAUGGUGUUUGUGUCAGACAGUUCAAGUGGCCAGCCCUCUAAAGAGGCCCAGGUGUCAUCUUCUCCCAUCCAGACAGACCAGGAGCUGGAGGAGCAGCAGGAGUCAUGCAGGGUUGCUCAGGCCAUCGCGCACUUUGAGUCUCAGAACCUGGAGAAUCGGCUCCAUCUGGGCGCUGGUUCUGGAAUAGACUCCUCUAAUCGAGACAGAGAAAGGGAGCGUAGACGAGGAGGGGAGUCUGGCAUUGUAACCCCUCCUCCGCCCCCCAGCCACAGUCACGGUGAGGUCAGGAUAGCUUUCCGAGUGUCAAAUCUGGACCCGCGGUCUCAGUUGGAACCAGCUGGCAGGUCCCGCUGUAUGUUUAUGAGCUGUGGUGGUGGGAGUAACCAGGCAGCAGCCAGGGCCAAAGAGAAAAUCACCUGUGACCUCUACCAGCUCGUCAGUCCCUCGUCGAGAGAUCCCAGUAGUCUCCUGCUUGCUGCCACAACUGCUGCCCCCAAACCAGAUGGAGACCACCAUCACCCAGACAGACCGGCAGGUGGCAGCCCAGACCCAACCCAGGAGCUUUCGUCUGGAGAGAAGAAAGCUGUGGGUAUGGGGAGGGAGCGAGUCACUGGCUUCCAUGUGGAGGUGGUGGUGACAGGUGCUGUGGACCAAUGUGUGUUUUAUGGCAAGGACAGUACAGAGAAUGUGCAGGAGGAGACCGUGUGUUUUGCUAUGCCUAGUGGGGGAGGGAAUGGUGGGGGUGUGGGCAGCUCCACUGACCCUUCAUCAGAUGAUCCCCCUCCUGGACAGCUCUUUUUCCUUCAGCCCCCGCGGGGCCAAGAGGAAGAUGUUAAAGGACUGGCCCCUGGCACUGGGUCAGGAAUGUGCUCUUUGGACUGUGCCAACAACAAUGGCCCUGGGGCGGGGGUUGCAUUGGGCUCUGGGGAGCGGGCCACUCGACCAGACUCUCCUAGCGUUGUGGAGGACUGUUCAGACCCUUCGCUGUGUCGCCUCUACCGCCACGUGUCCCAUGACUUCCUGGAGAUCCGCUUUCAGAUUCAGCGCCUCCUAGAACCGCGCCAGUACAUGCUGCUGCUGCCCGACCACAUCAUGGUCAACAUUUUCAGCUAUCUGCCGACACGCUCCCUAGCAGCCCUCAAGUGCACCUGCCACUACUUCAAGGCGUUGAUUGAGACUUAUGGGGUGCGGGCGGUGGAUUCACGCUGGAAUCAAGAUCCUCUUUACAGGGAUGACCCCUGCAAGCAGUGUAAACGGCAGUAUGAGCGCGGGGACGUUUCCUUGUGCCGUUGGCACCCCAAACCUUACCACCACGACCUGCCUUACGGACGAUCCUACUGGAUGUGCUGCCGGCGUACAGACAAGGACACACCCGGCUGCCGAGUUGGGCUCCAUGAUAACAACUGGGUCCAGCAGCCUGCUGAUGGCUCUCAGCCCAUCCGCGCCAAGAGGGAGGACAGGAGGGAGGAGGCCAGGUAGAGAGGAAAGAGUACACCUCACACAUAGCAACUCUCAUCUCCUCCUGUGUACCACCUCCUUCUCCCUCUCAUCUCUGUCCAGGGGACAAAUAGGGGAAAAGAGAGGAGUACGAGGAGAAAUCAGCACUCCAGGAGUUUUAGUUUUUCUUUGCUCCAGCAGGCCUUCCUCAUACUUUGCCCUCAGUGGAGGGAGGUUGAGAGGUGAAGAAGGAAGAGAGGUGUGUCACUCUCCUUGCCUUUGUUUUUUUUUUUCUUGUUUUUUUUUUUUCCCCAAGCCCUCCAGAAUCCCUCUUUCUCCACCCACUGUGUCCAGAAUGGCACCUUUUUAAAAGUUUGCAUACCAGGGUUGGGGUCCCCUCCUGCUGCUGUCAGUCAGCCCUCUUUCUGCCUCUUAAUCAUUUGGGUUUCUGUCGAACUCCAUGCAUCGUUGUUAGGUAAUUCAUGUGAAAACUUUGCAGUGUAUUUGAUUGAGAUUAGCAUUCAUACAGUGACGCAUAGAAAUGUAAUGCCCUAGAGCCUGCUUACCGUUCCCAAUACUUGUUCUAUGUUCUGUGUUGUAUCACAAACUUCCAUGUUAGCUGUACAAUGGUGCUUCAAGGAAUAAACUGUACCGAGUCCAACAGAUGUAAAACUUCUCAGUGGUGGAAUGUUCAGCGUCGCUAUAGAAAUGUGAUUGUAUAAAGCAAACUUGAUUUUCUGUUGUACAAGAUUGCCAUUUGUACCUGUCCUGCGCCACAAGUUUCUAUUUUUCUGAAUGUGCUGUAACGUACUAUGUUGAUCAGUCCCCUGAUAAUGCUGCUGAAAUCAUUGCCUGUGUCACUGACGUUAAUUCUGAAAUAGCCAUACCGUUGGUUAAUGACAGGCACAGACUCUGUAUUAGCCGGUCUAACCGGCCACGCAGAGCUGUUCUUGUCAUUGUUUCAGAGUGGACCCUAACCUUGCUGACCAGCCAUAAAGAGGAGCCACUGAGUAUUUACAGAGAAUUAUGGGAGAUGGACUUUAAUGAUUAAGACCAGUGGGAUCAAAUGGGAUUAAAAAGAGAAACUUGAUGUCACUUUGUAUGGUUGAUUGACUUGCUUGUUUGACAUUUUGGGGUUUUUUUUUCUUUUUUUUUUGUUUGGCUGUUUUUAUUGGAGUGUGUGUCAGAGAAUGUUUGCUGUUGUAUUUGCUUUUAUUCUUGAGGACUGUGUUCUCCCUGUAUCAGUCUGUGGGCCUACUCAUCCUGCAAAGAUGUAUUUUUUUUAAAUACUCCAUCUUUGUUUUAACCCCCCCCAACUCUCUUCCUUUCCUCCUCCCUUCCGUCCUCCGAUUCGGCAGAGGCCAGUCUUUGCCAAAGCCGUCAUUCAUGCUUCGAAGCGAGUGAAACCAACUACCACAGACAGCAGAAAACUCUCUACACCAGCUUCCAGCCUUAAAAGCCCCCUACCUCUUACCCACCCUGCAGGAGACUGAAGCGUCAGAUACCUCACAGAUGAUUUAGAGUAUUGGGAGGUGCACAGGACCCUGUAAGUGGCAAGAUUUCAGAUGCUCGAUAGACUCAAGUGAGUUUAACUGGAUCCACCCGUAACUCUGUGUGUGGGAGCGUAAGAUGAACAGUGCCUGGUGACGGCUCUGACUCUCCAUUCUUGGGGAAAAAACUAAAAACUCUCUCUCCUCCCCCCUCUCCCUUGCUUUUACACCUCCCCACCUGCAAGCUGACAGACUGGACAUUUAGGAACUGAUGGGAUGAAUGAUGCUAAAAGUCUGCAUGGAGGUGGGAAGAUGGUUGGGUAGUCAUGGGAGAACUCCGUAGGUUCCAGACAUGUACAAUGCUAAUGGAAAAAUAUCUGCUUAAAUAAAAACAGAAGUGAUGAUUAAAAACUGGAAAUCUGAAUCACU